CUUCCUCCGCAGACAUGGCAGAGUCUCGAAUUCCUGUGAGAGUUACUCACCUCUGCUGUCGAAUCUGCAGCGAGGUCCUCAGGAAUCCUACGACUAUUCCCUGUGGACACAACUUUUGCGUGCAGUGCAUCUGGGAAUGUUGGGAUAGGAACAAGAGGAACGACCGUCCUUGCAGCUGUCCUGAAUGUGGUCAUGUGUUUCCCUCCACACCCCAGCUGAUCAAGAACACAACUCUAGCUGAGCUGGUGAGAGACACACAAAGGUUGGAUAAUGGCAGUGAGAAAAGGAAGCAGCAGCAUUCAGGGGAGUCCCUCCAUGGCCAGAAGAGACGCCGGAGCUGUACAGAAACAUCUGGAAGCACUUUGUGCUGGAGGCACAGCAGCCCCCUGGAUCUUUACUGCUGCAGCGAUGAGGAGAUCAUCUGUGCAAUCUGUGCUUCAACUCAGCAUGGAGGACACCGAAUCGGCUGUGUGGGAGAGGAACGGAGGAGGAGACAGGAGGAGCUGAAGAACAUGCAGACAAAAUCCAAACAGAUUCUCCACAAACAAAAGAAGAAAUGGAAGAACUUGAGGAACAUCCUCGAACAGAUUCAGGAGGAGGCGAGACAAACGGAGGACUACUGUGAAGGCGUGGUGGUCAGCAUCAUCAACUCCCUCCAGAGACAUUACCAGUCAGUGAAGGAGCUGAUUGGAGCUCAGCAGGAGACCGCCACAGCUCAGGUCCACAGCUCCAUACAGAGCCUGAAGGCGAAGAUGGAGGAGAUGAAGAAGAGGGAUGCUGAGCUGGAUCAUCUAGCGCAGACUGACAGUGAUGUCCAUUUCCUGCAGCAAUGGCUGUCACUGCAGCGUCUCUGUGAGAAAGAGCAUCUCCACCCUCUGCAUGAGGUUUCAGAGGAUCCACGCCUCCCCUUUGAGUUCACAAAGAGAGCUGUUGAACAGAUCGGGAGGCAGCUCGAGGAAUUUUGCGCCAAAGAGUUUGCCUCUAUUUCUGAAACUACUGAGAGUGGAGUGGGCGGUGACAUGCAGGAAGGAUGUGAAGAAAGUGUCUCGCAGUCCCAAGCAGUUUUCUCUGGAGUUAGCAGCACUCUGACAGAAGAGAUCGUGGAGCCGACAACCAGAGCAGAGUUUCUGCAUUAUGCAUGUAAGCUUUCCCUGGACCCCAUCACCGCUCACAAGGACCUGGUUGUUUCUGAGGGGGGCAAAGAGGUGAAGCUGAGGCCUCCUCAGCCAUUCAGGAACCUAACUCCUUGUUACCCGCAGAGGUUCAGCCACCGACGGCAGCUGCUGUGCAGGGAAGGACUGCAGGCCGAGCGCUGCUACUAUGAGAUAGAGGUAGAAGGGAGCAAGGCUGAGAUCGCCCUUGCCUACAAAGGAAUAGUCAGAAAAUCCCGCACUACACUGUCAGCUUUUGGGGGCAAUGAAAAUUCCUGGAGUCUUGAUCGAUCCAAACACUACUCUGUGAGUCACAAAGGUGACAGCAUCCAGCUCACAGCGCCCCCCAGCCAUCACAGGAUCGGGAUUUAUCUGAAAUUCAAAGAAGGAACUCUGUCAUUCUACGAGGUGUCAGACAGUAUGAACUUUCUUUACAAGGUUGAAGCCACGUUCACAGAGCCGCUGUAUCCAGGCUUCUGGCUCGGAGAGAAAUGUUGCAUCAGGAUCUGUGAUCUGUGAUUAUAAAUGACUGAGAGGUUCACAGACAGCCUGUGUCGGUUUGAAGGGAAAUUUAACUUAAACAAAGCUAAAACUUCUUGUUUCUGAAAGUGUGUCUCACACAUGGUCAUGGCUGAAUUUCCUUCUUAUUUGUAGUCUUUGUAUUUUUGAGGCUCAGUUACAUGUAGACUUAUACAGUUACCUCAUUCUAGUUUGUAUUAAGCAGCAGACUUCCUUUGACCUUCCCAGAUUUUGAUAACAUUUCUAACUGUGCCACAUUUCCAUGUAAUGAAACAAUUCUGAAUCAGAAAAAUUCUGAAAUCCAACAGCAGCUUGUCCACUCUUUAUUAUUAAUACUUCUGGUGAUGCUCACAUUUUUUUUAAUAAUUGUCAGUAUCGUACAAUCAUAAUAUGACUGAAGAAGGAGAAAGAGAGAAGCUGUAAAGGGACAUUUCUAAACGUGUCUCCUGUACAGACAGUGCUUGAAACGUGUGCUCAAUAAGGCCCUGCACUCACAGGUAAUAAGAAGGAAUCUACACACCAAUACACAGUACCCCCGCACACACACACACACACACACACACACACACACACACACACAUACAUAUGCACACACUUGUAUAUACACGAAACAAACUCCAGCACUUGAAAGGAAGAGUCUUACUAUCCCUUUGGUAAUAGGAGGUGGAUCCUAAUCUUUGCUAUUAACUGACAAUUUUUCUGAUUAUUCUGCAUUUUAAAUAACCUGAUAUUGCUUUUAUACUGACCUUGAAUUUACUUCCAUGAGGACAACAAAACAAUUGCUAUGUUUUUUUUGUUUUUUUUUGCGGUCCUAGUGAAAAAGUGCAUCAAUCACAUUCAUUAUAACUUUAUGUUACACUAACUGCUAAAACAGUUUGUUUUUAAGACAUUGAUAUACAUCACAUGAAUAAAAUCUAUCUUCAGAAUAAUUUGGUUACACAAGAUUAUUUACAGACUUUAACAACAUCUCUAAAUGACACACCCUCAGCAGGAAGUACCUGCCUCAGAAACACAAGAAACACAAGAAACAAAACAAGACUUAAAGUUCAUAGCCACACUAGUGGUUCUAAGAGAGUGUAACAUUAACUACACAGCAGAAAACAACAUUUCUGAAUGGAUGAAUAAUUUGGGGGCUAAGCUGCAAAGCUGUGUAGGCACCCAUUGUGUUUCUAUCUUUUCUGCUUGAUCUUUUCUUCUUCUGCCAUGUCUAUGGCAGACCCCUAGAACCGCAUGGUAAAAACAUUUUGAAAUUUGGCACACUGAUUAGAGACACUCCUGCAUCAAUUUCCGCCAUAUUGGAUUUUCAAGUCAUAUCUCAGCAACGCUUUUACGUAUGAAAACCAAACUUCAUACAUGAACUCAGAGUAUUUUUCAGCAACAGUUUGUAUGUAUCCAGACCAAACUUGGUACAUGGUCUUGGGAACCCAUUUCGAGGAAGCCCAAAAUCAUUGGUGUCAUGUGGCCUCUAGGAGGCACUGCAUUAAGUAAAAAUAUGUUAUGGCUAAUAUUUUCUUUGCCUUCAAAAUACAAUUCUUGACUCUGGUAUAACUGUCAAGGGUAAUGAGUCUCAGAAAGGUCACAGUCUGAACCCUGCUGCACAACAGUUUUAUGAACUAUUUCUGUGCAACAUUUCGAUCAAUCAUGUUUACAAGUGUUCACGUUAUGGGACAUCUUAACAUGCCAGCUGUAAGUCUUCUUGUGGUAUAGCUUCUCACUCAUGACUGGAGAUCCCAGCUGUCUUAGUCAACAAACACUAACAAAACAAAAUAGAAAGACACAAGGGUUUCUUUAAAGAAUGUCAUAGUGCCUAGCAAGAAGUUGUUGGCUAAAAAACACUAUGGCUACUAAACAGGAAUGUGAGCGGCACGUGUGAAAGUUUAAAAUACUAUGCUUGUUCAAUGCAGCACUAUAUAUUUUUUUAAAUUUCUGUGUUUAAUCACCUUUUGCAAUGGACUUUGCUGGCACUUCUAUACUAUUUAGCACCAAGUUGGAUAUAUUGGAGCUUUCAGGAAAAUUCAACUUUCCCAGUUGUAUGACUUAGAUGAUGACAGGAAAGAUACAUAAAAGUGCGAAACUGGUGAUUACAGUAUCUCCAAUAUGACAUGAAUGUGGCAUUAAGCUCAGCUGGGCUUUGAGCAGAAUGCUAGUUAGCAUAUUAACGCACAUGCUAGCAGCAAUUGAAUGUGUUGCUCACAUUUUCUAUAUAAUAUUUACCAUGUUUGCUUGUUAGUACAGAAGCAUGUUUAGCAUGUACUUUUCAGCAUGUUAGUCUGUUUUGUGUACAGUUAGCAAGAAAAACCUGCCUCUUUAGCAUAUUAGCAUGCUAUAUUAGCAUACAUCUGAAAGUAUAGCUGAGGCUGACUGGAAUUAUUUUUAGAGGUAUCCUGUGAUGAAAUAAAUUGUUGGACAAGAGGAAAUUUUAACAGCAUUUUGUGGUAAACUACUAGUGUGGCUACAAACAAGUAGACCAGUACAGCUAAAGUGGAGACAGAUGAGCGGACAUCACCUAACAUGAGGUGCAGCCACAACACACACAACCAGCUGCUGCCAAUACAAAGACUACACAGAGAUCACACAUCACCUCCACCCACCAGCAGCUUUUUCACAUCCCACAACAAGAAUGAAUUACACAAACUACAAAAUAGAUUAGUCUUCAAAUAUACAGUUUCAGUAAGCAUCACACAAGAUGAAAAUAUACAGUAUUUACUGGUCACUUUUAAAAGAUAAAUUUUUGUUAUUCAUCAGACCUACAUACACUGCAAAUAUACAGGAAUAUAAAUAUCAAUUUUUAC